AUGGGUACACUCAAUGAGAAAACGGGAGACACCAUCGACGUUGUCACACCCGCAGAUGCAAACCUUCAGAGAGAGAGUUUCGAUGAAAAGGUUUCCAUCGACGAUGUAGCGAGGCAACUCAAUGCCACCCCCGAAGAAGUCCUCGAAGCCAGAGAACUUUCACGCUCCCUAUCUCUCGAGGAGGCCAGAUCGUCGGCCGAGAGACUAGUGCAACAGCAUGGUCUCGAUCCCAACUUCCCGGCAGGAGCCCUCGAGCGUCUCAAGGAGUUCCUCGCCAACGAAGAUAUCCUCGCCAACCCGGAUUCGCACAGUCGUGAAAUCUCAGAGGCCAAGAUCGAAGUUUCUCUGUUGACUUCCAAUAGCCCGUACGCCGAGGUUCGCGCUGUAGUCGACCCGCAUGAUGAUGCUAGCAUGCCAGUCGCCACGAUCCGUGCCUGGACUAUCGGUCUCUUUUUCGUCGUCUUCAUCGCUUUCAUUAACCAGCUCUUCAGUGUGCGCCAGCCUUCUAUCACGUUGCGCGCGGAAGUCGUACAACUCCUCGCGUAUCCAGUCGGCAAAGCUGCCGAAAAAUGGCUUCCCGAUGUCGGCUUCACGCUCUUUGGGGUUCGGCAUAGUCUCAAUCCUGGACCGUUCAACAAGAAGGAGCACAUGCUCAUUUCGAUCAUGGCAAGUGUUGGGAAGACUCUGCCGAGUUCCAGAUACAUCAUCUUUACGCAGUGGAUGGACCGUUACUUUGGCCAGAAGUAUGCCAAGUCUUUCAGUUACCAGAUUCUUCUGGCUCUUUCCACAAAUCUGAUGGGAUUCGGACUAGCCGGUUUGUGUAGAAGGUUCUUGGUCUACCCAUCUUUCUGCCUCUGGCCGGCAUCUCUAGUCACCAUCGCUCUUAACAGCUCCUUACACAACGAGGCAAACCAUCCAGUACCCGGUCCUUUCAAGAAGAUCUACAACAUGUCGCGAUACCGAUUAUUCAUGGUUGCUUUCGCCGCGAUGUUUGUGUGGUUCUGGUUCCCUGAUUACAUCUUCGGUGCACUGUCCCUGUUCAACUGGAUCGCCUGGAUUGCUCCCAAUAACUUUACACUCACUGCCAUUACCGGUGUUAACAAGGGUCUCGGCUUCAAUCCCAUCCCAACUUUUGACUGGAACGUUGCAACACACGUCGUUCAGCCUCUUGUGGUCCCUUUCCGUGUUACCUUCAACACCUUUAUCGGCGUGUUCCUGGGCGGUAUCACAAUCAUCGGACUCUACUGGACCAAUGCGUACAACACUGCUUACCUCCCUAUCAACUCGAAUCUGAUGUACAAUCACUUCGGUGGCUCAUACAACGUUUCAAAGAUCUUGGAUGGCAGAGGGUGGCUCAACGAGACCAAGUACCAGGCGUACUCCCCCGUGUACCUCGCAGCUAGUAGUAUCACGAUGUACUACUACUUCUUCGCUGUCUAUGCGGCUACCGUUUCCUAUGCCAUUCUCUAUCAUCGUCACGAUAUUGCACUUGGUUUCCGGAGUUUGUGGCGCAGCUUCAAGAAAGAGGCGUCGACUGAUUUCAAGGAUGUUCAUACAAGGCUGAUGUCCAACUACCCAGAAGUUCCUGAAUGGUGGUACCUGAUUCUCAAUCUGGCCGCCAUUGCUUUCGGUGUUGCGGCAGUUGCUGCAUGGCCGACCGAGACGAGCGUUGGUGUUGUGUUCUUCGGCAUUGCGCUUGCCCUGGUCUUUGUUAUUCCAACAGGUAUUAUUUUCGCUACGACUGGCAUGGAAGUGGAAUUCAACGUCCUUGCGGAAUUCAUUGGAGGUGCCUGGGAGCCGGGCAAUGCCUUGGCCAUGAACUUCUUCAAGUGCUUCGGUUAUGUCACUACAGCUCAUGCUCUUGACUUUGCCAAUGACUUGAAGCUAGCUCACUACCUCAAGAUCCCACAGAGGCACACCUUCGCCGCUCAAGUCGUUGCUGUCUUUGUCUCAGCAUUUGUCUGUACUGGCGUUAUGAACUUUCAGAUCAGCAACAUUCCAGAUCUUUGCUCAACAAACCAAAAAGACCGUUUCACUUGCCCUGGCGUAAACACCUACUUUACUGCUGCGGUGCUGUUCGGUAGUCUAGGUGCCCGAAAGGUCUUUGGAUCAGGCGGCAUCUAUACAGCCCUACUCUCAGCGUUCCCGGUCGGCUUUGCACUUCCUUUCAUUUUCUACUACUUCCAGCGCAAAUUUCCUCGUACCCACUGGUUCGCCAAGAUUCACCCAGUGAUGAUCCUCAGCGGUGGCAUCAGCUGGUCUCCUUACAACAUCGCUUAUAUGUGGCCGGCCGUCCUGCCUGGAUGGCUGAGCAUGGUGUACCUCCGCCAGCGUUAUCUUGCGUUCUGGUCAAAGUACAACUACGUCUUGUCGGCGGCUUUCUCGACUGCCAUCGCCAUCGCUGGUGUGAUUAUCUUCUUUGCCUGGUUCGUGAGCCGGACCACGAACCAACUGCCUGGCGUCUUCAACUCGCCGUUCUGGAAGACCUUAGUGCUUCAAGCUAGCUCGACUGAGCCUGCUAUCCUCUAUGCUAUCCUCGCCCUGGGUGCGGCCCACGAGACAUCAAAUAUCGACGCAUGCAUCGUCAAACGGGAGCCGUCAAGUCCCGAGACAGCGGAUCAACAGGAACACCUCAGCCUGCAGUAUUACAACAAGUCCAUUUAUCACCUUCAGAAGCAUUUACGCACGCCAAGCACAGAAUCAAUACGCGUCGUUCUAGUUGUCUGCACGGUCUACAUAUGCAUGGAGUUCAUGCAAAAGCGAUACAAGACGGGAUUCCUUCACUUCAGACACAGUCUCCAGCUUCUGGGAAGCUUGUUGAGAUCUUCUGCUCCGACAUCAUCAUGCGACCCAGCAGAUGACUGGUUCGUUGAUGUCAUACCUCGACUAGAUAUCCAAGCGACUCUUCUUACGAACGAGUUUUACCAAGGUGCCGGCACUAAACACACCUCAUCGAUAUGGCCGCCAAUGCCCCGGCUGUUUCAAUCAGUUCGGGACGCUAGCCAAAGCCUCGACGGCCUCUUGUUCAGAGCGUACCAAUUACAGAAAGACGGUGCCGCGGCCGGACCAGCAGAAGAUGCAGCUGACAUCUUUGAGCUGCUCGCUACACAGCAGUCCCUUCGGAACGAGCUAGAAUUGUGGAUACAAGCCUUUGAAAUCUUCAAAGCCAGGACGUGGAACUUCGUAAUAGAUCGAGAGAGGCUCGCCUACGGACCGCUGCCGAUUUAUCACACUAUGGCAUACAUCAUCACCAAUACUUCUCUAAAUCCUGGAAAUGAGCUUAUCUUUGACCUAUACACGAGUCACUUUGCGUCGGUUGUAGCUUCGGCGAGGCAGCUUAUUGAGGCGACAUCAUCUGCAACCAUGCUGACACCUGCUGCUGAAUCGUCGCCAGAGAAUUAUACGCAUCAAGCAGAGCACGCCUCAGACACGGGCUUGGUUCCGCCGUUAUUCUUCACCGCUGUCAAGUGUCGCGUGCCCAGGAUCAGACGUCAGGCAUUGGAACUUCUUCUAGCAUCUCAACGGCAGGAAGGAAUCUGGGAUGCGAUAUUAUCCGCGCGGAUAGCGAAAGAAGUGAUGGUUCUUGAAGAGCGGGGUCUCUAUGAAGGUGAUGUUGACGAGAAGAGGGCUUCCCCAGAUUUUGUGAUCCCGGUUCUGCCGGGGCCGCCCAGGAUACACAAACUCUGGAUCGAGGUGCCGGAGGAGCCACGCGGAGAUAUCCUUCUCAGCAUCCAGAGGAUCUUUCCAGAGGGCAAACGGGAGACCCUGGGAAGGCGGUUUCACGCGGAGCAUGACUAUUGGACUUCUGUUCCCGUAACACUACGCGUCGCUAAGGUAACUGAGCAGGCCAAGUAG